UUGAUUUAAGUCAUAAAUUUAUCAAUGGGAGCUUCGCUUUUAGCCGUGGCUAAAUCUAUAUAUUAUUUAACAAGAGCUUGAAACUAAGAUACUAAGGAUGCUUUCCAAAAGUUAAAAUUGGCCGGCCGGACCGUUUAUUUUUGAAAAUAAAAUAUUAGUCUUUACUCGAACUUUACUAAAACCUAUCACAUCCGAGUGAACUAUUUACGAAUAUACUGAUCUUGCUGGAUAGUCCUGAUUGAUAGUGGAAUUCUCCUUAAGAUUGGACUGGUUUGGCCAGCCAGUUCUGACAAAUGGUAAGCGCCCUUAAUUUCGACAAGUAUAAUUCCGUAAUGGAGCUUUUUAAAGACCUUUCAAAAGGUCUUAAGGAGAACAAGAGAGGAGUACUUCUCGUUUUAGAUGGUAAGUGAUUCUAGACGUAUGAUCCUUUACAGCGGUAAAAGCUUUUUUGUGAAGUAAGAAUGGGGAAUGAAAGCAUUAUUUUUACCCGUACUUCUUAAGAUGAUGUUACACGGGACGAUUCCCAACGAGGAUUUUUAGCGCAACGCAGCGUUGCAAUGCUGGAACAAUGUUGCAAGAAUUCAAAACAAUGUCGCAUCAAUGUUGCGACGCUGUGUUAUGCUAAAAAUCGUCGUACGGUUGCGAAUCGUCCCUUGUAACAUCACAUUUAGGCCAUAAGAAACUAAACUAGAUACCUUGCUUUAUGAAUGCAUUAAGUAUAUCUCACACCACCCUCAGGUUAACAAUUAUUUAUUUUUGGGCAAAUGUUAAAUGAAGUUGACCGUUUUUGUGUUUCUAUUUUUUCCUCAGGAUGAAACCACGAGAAACAAAAGCACGGCGAGAUACGUAUUACUUGCAUAUCAACCUUGUACUAGCCAUAUGUUUUUCACAGAUCUGUUUUGUAAUUGGAACUUUCAUCGUUACAGUUGAUGUGGUAUGUCUAACUCUUGGAAUCCCAUUUUAAUUUGAUAUCAGUUUUUAACUUUACAUCACUAGUGAGAUAUCCGCAAACUAGCUACAUGGCUAUGCAUGUUUCAGGGGCACCCGACGAAUGUUUUCGUAAAAUAUCUGUUCGGAGAAGCAAAUAUGCGUAGAACCUUCUAUUACUUGAGGGCGGCUAAAAAUUUCUAGAUGACCGUUUCAUUCAUGGACAAUUUUCGAAGCUUAUGUAACAAAUACCUUGCGAUUUUCUAAAGUUUAAUUUUUCACAUUUCACACCCAACCACUUUCGUAAUGCACUUAAUUACAUCUGAAAUUUUCGGGAAAAUAAUACUAAAGCCCUUGUAAUUUCGAUAAGACUCAAGUCCCCCUAGGAUGACCGAAUAGAUUCAAAUUCAUGCAUUCCUAGAGGCCUAAAAGUACUCUGGAUAACUUAAAAGGUGUUAUCAAUUCAUUUGGGAGGAAACCGUCGUUAGGUGCCCCUGAUAUUUCCGCUUAAAAUAUAUACAGCUAUUUCGAGAAAGGUUGUCGGAAAAAAUGUGCACGCGACAAUCCUGAAAGGUAAUAUGGGAUAUGGUCAAUACAUUGUUCCUAACGACUGUACCUGUCGAACCUAGUUUUGUUACUUUUCUGUAGCACUCGCAGACAUGUGUCCAUGGCCUCUCCUGCCAUUCUUUCAAAUUUCUUCGAAAAACAGUGAACUCGAAACCACCCACAAUACCUUUCGGGAUUGUCGCGUGCACAUUUUUUCCGACAACAUUUCUCGAAAUAGCUGUAAACAACUGACCACUCCAGAAAAUACCACAACAUACCAUAAUGCUCUUUGUUUGUCGCCCCAAAAUUUUGCAUAAGCUUUGUCUUUAGUUUCUUUUGGGAGUUUAAAUGGCCCCUAGAGAAACUGAAAACAAUGCUUAUGCAAACUUUUGGGGUGACAAACAAAGAGCAUUAUGGUAUGUUAUGACGUUUUCUGGAGUGGUCAGUUCAGAGGUUCCCUCAUAGGAGUCCUUAUAACCUGAACAAAGAAAAUUGCCUGUAUGAGUUCUUUGUCAAAUGUAUGUUAAACGUAACAGAGAUAAAUUAACUUUUAGUCAUAUAAAAGGCAAAAUAUUAACCGUUAACCAUAAUUUAUAAAUGCUUGCGCCCUUUUGAGACCCUCUGUUAGCUACAGAUCCUCGUUUGUUUUUCUCCUCAUGAGGUGCAUGGGCGUAAACUUAAAUGGUGGAUGAAGUAAAUCGCUAAUACUCGGAAAACUGCUUUUCUAAUGCCAUGUGAAAAUCUUCUGAUGCGGAAAACCAUCACGAGGAAAAUUGCGUUUGAACAUGUAAAGCUAACUGUUAUAGUGGUUGGUAAUUUAUCAAUAUGAUUUUUUUCAUCUCUUUCUCCUCCAGCUUGCUUGUAGAAUAAUUUCCAUAGCAACACACUACUUCCUCAGUGCAUCUUUUUGUUGGAUGUUGGCUGAGGGAAUCCAUAUUUACAACAAAAUCGUGCGCGUUUUCAGCAACAAAAAGUACAACAAAGUUUUCUUUGUGUUAGGCUGGGGUAAGUAAUAGUUAGCAGGAUAAAGUUCCGCACCGUAAGAUUGCACCGAUCCAAAGUACACAAUGUAUAGAGCGUUUUCACUCACGUGGCCAGUAUCUAUGCAAAUUUAUUGAAACAAAAGAAAGCGUUUGCACCAGAAAAGAGUUCAACUCCCACAGGAUUGGUUUGGAAGACCAACAUGGCCGUCGUUUUAUUUUUUCGGGACACCAAUAUGGCCGCCGUGACGUCAUUUGAAAACACUCUAUAACGUUAAAACCACCACUUUUCGGUCUGAACGUUUGAUUGCUAGUAAGUAAUUGGGAAGAACAAGUCCCCAAACCGACUAUUGGCCAGCUGUCGAGCGACCGUUGACCGACGUUGGCCGACAGGUGGUUGUGUCAAGUUCUUCUUCUUACUGAACUAGCGAAUCGAAUAGUUUGAGGAACUUAUUUAGUAGUCUAGAUUCGCGCCAAAGUCAAUCUAGGAAUAAGCUGCUGUUUCGAGAAAAUGCCUUGAUUCGAAUACAUAGGAAUUGAUGGCUCCGGCCUAGUUGCACAUUUCCUUACACAAUUAGUCAGUCACAAUUUGAUAAAAGAUCCCAGCAUUUUUCUUUGGUGAUCGUUUAUUUAUUCUUGACACCUUUUCCUCUUGGUUACAUAUUGACAUUGUCAGGAGUAAUUUGUUGUUCGUCUCUCUUGAGACUUGAGGGUUGCCACUAAUUGCUAAUGUAGUAAAGCUUCUGUAAAACGGGCAACAAAAACUUGCAACUUGUUUGCAACAUUGCUGCAAAACGAGUUGAAUAAUAAUGUCGCCCGUUUUACCACCCAUGUUAACAACCUGAUUUGUUGCAAGACAGGUUUGAUGUGGGUGAUAAAACGCGCAACAUCGCUAUUCAACUGUUUUGCAGCAAUGAUGCAAGACAAGUUGCAUGUUUUCUGUUGCCUGUUUUACCGUAACUUAAGAAAAGUUUGUUUUCUUUUUUUCUUUAGGAGCUCCUAUUAUUUCUGUGAUGGUGUCUUCCGGAAUUGCCUUCCAUCAUUAUGGCCCACACAACAUGUAAUUAUUUUGAUACUUUACAAAAAGGAACAGUCUUUAUAGAUUGCAGGUUUAUUGUUGGAAUUGCGUGUUUGUUUCGAUAAUUUGACGAAAAAUGUUUUAAGACGGCUACGAAAAAAUGGCAGAGCCAAAAAAGCUUUCCCAACAAAACUAAGGUUAUUGUAAAACAUCAUUGUAUCUGGGUGAGAGAGUAGGAAGUUCAUCAUUAACCUGGAGCAGAUCUUUUAAAAAUUCCAAGAUGCUUCGUUAUUACCGAGAUAGGAUGUGCGGGCUACCUUUUUUACCUGUCUCCCCUUCAUAAUCGCUUUUAACUAUACGGCUGGUUCUACGAUCGAGCAAGAUGAAGCGAAUCUCUCUUAGGAAGUAAGAAUGUGGCCAAUUCCCAGCCAAAUUAAAGUUACCUCAUAUAUGUUGACUUAUACAGAAUGACAAGUAAAACAUGUUUCUCUUCGUGAUUAAUGUCGCGAGUUCACGGUAUUCUCAUGUUGAUUUUUAAGGUGAAAGCACUUGUUGAUUAAAUUGAAUUGUUCAUCCAGUAUAAAAAGUUCUUGCUAUUUCGAUGUUUUAGUUGCUGGUUGUCUGGGAAGCUGAUAUGGGCUUUUGCUGCACCUGUAUUGUUCGUCAUGCUAGUAAGUACUUUUUCUUUGCUUUUACCAUUUACAGUUUAUCAAAAGGACCUACCGGAUCAGUCUUCUUUACAAGCUUGUUUCUCUCGUAGCGAGGUUUAUAAAUGCGUCGCGCGUGAAUCGCAUAAGAAACUCAACGUGGCCUGAUUUGGGUUUGUCCAUGUACAUGUAUAUCAUGUCGGGUUUUAGAAAACGCCUCUUCCGUCAAGCAGUUUUUUUUCGCUCAAACAUCUCCAAAUUAGACAAUAAAAAACUAAGAGUAUUACUUUUUCUUUAUGUCUCCUCGCUUCCUCUAUUUUUGUGUUGUGAUUUCUGGGCUUAAUAUUUAGCCUCUUUUCAUUCAAAUGAGUGCACUUUUCAGUAGGUACGUAUUCAAAAAUCCAGUUAUUAAUCAGCUAUUGGAUGGAUCAGAGUAUGAAUUGACGAACUGAGCCGAUCUCGUUAUCACGGUGAUACGAAAGCCGAAUCCAAUAAUUAUAUUUUUAUUUCAUUCAAAAUAUUUCCAGCCUCAACAAAACAUGCCGACCUCGCUCUAUGUGCAGCCCCGUCUUCAUUACUUGAUCCUCGGCAGUUUAGUGUUUUGAAGGGAUGUUUAUUCUGUUAGUCAUUUUUUUAAAUGUAGAAAUGAGAUUGUGGCUACGUUCCCAUGGCACCGGACAAAUUUUCAAACAGCUUACAAAUUGGAGCAGACACUGUCCGUUCAAUAUUUGCGCUUUGUUCACACGAAACCUGAAAACGACCAGGCGUCUAAAUUUCGUACCGUUUCUCUGUGUGAGUGAACAGAACACCUUAACGCACGCAUUUUCAACCUGUGGAAAAUUCGUCCGGAGCCGUGUGAACGCAACCUUAGCAAGGGGUGAGUGGAUGCUAGUGACAUGCGGUUUCACCGUACGCGUCUGCCGGCCCCUACGUACAGAUUAGUGAGAUUAAGCAACGAUGACGGCGACGGCAACGAGAACGGCAAAAAAACAACAACUUUUGAUUGACAAAAUCAAAAACUUUGCACGUGCAUCACGGUUUUUUGUACAUUUCUUUGCCGUCAUAUACUUUUUAAAUGACGUUUUUGUAGCCGUCGCGGUCGUCGUUGCUUAAGCUCGCUAAAGCGUACGCAGGGGCCGGCAGACGCGUACGGAGAAACCGCAUGUCGCUAGCAUCCACUCGCCUCCUCGCAAAGGUUGCUCUCUAUUGUGGGGGGCGAAUGCGAAGUAUUUCUGUAGACCUUGAAUUUGAAAGACCUUACAAUCCCCCAAAAUUAAUCGUAAAUGAGCAAUUCACUUUUGCUUUUUCACUUUUUUACUACUUCUUUUAGUUUAAAAGGCUGAACUAACUUAACCUGUAAGUACGAUAUCUUUUACAAAGUAAUGAGGUGAAAUUAUGCGUUGCUUCUUUAUUAGGUAAACUGCUUUAUCCUCAUUAGCGUUAUAUACGUUUUAUUGACAAAGACAAUGGUAAAGGCUGGAGAAGAAAACUCGACCAAGAAAUCCAACACAAGGUAAACUAUACUGAAGGGUGAAACGGGUGAACGUCCAAUAAAAUUAGAUAGAAUAUUCGAGAAGUAUUAUAUCAAACAUGAGUUGAAUCCGAUGUCUAAUCACGGAGGAGAAAUAUAUCAAUCACGAAAGGGAGUGUUUCAUCCAUCAUCCAUCAUCCGAUAUUCAAGACCGAGAAGUUAUUUAUCAAACACGAGUGGAAGUGUUUCAUCAGAUAUCCAGACACCGAGAAGUGAUAUAUCAGACACUGGGAGAAGUGUUUGAUUCGAUAUCCCAGCACAGAAAAUUAAUAUAUAAAACACGAGAGGAAGUGAUUCAUCCAAUAUCCAGACACGGAGAAUUAUAUGCCAGACGCAAGUAGGAGUGUUUCGAGUCCAAACACCUACAAGUGAUAUAUCAAACGAGAGAGGUGUUUCAAACGAUAUCCAGACACUUGAAAGUUAUACAUCAAACACUGACGAGAAGUUCUUUUACAUCCGAUAUUAAAACACGGAAAGGAAAAAUACAAAACACGAGAGAGUGCGUUAAACUCUAUAGAGUGUUUUCACACGACGUCACAGCGGCCAUAUUGGUGUCCAAAAACAAUGAAACGGCGGCCAUAUUGGAGUCCCAAAACAGUAAGACGGCGGCCAUAUUGGUGUCCCAAACCAAUCCUGUGGGAGUUGAACUCUUUUCUUGUGCAAACGCUUUCUUUUGUUCCAAUAACUUUGCAUAGAUGCUGGCCACGUGAGUGAAAACACUCUAUACCAAGUCAUUACAAAGUAGUAUAUUAAACACGAGAAGAAGCAAAAGAUGGAACAUAGGUUGCUGUGCUGUGUUUCAUCUGAUAUCUAAGACACUGGGAAUAAAGAUAUAAAACACGAAGCAGUGGUUAAAUUGGGCAUCCAGACAUCGAGAAGUAAUGUAUCAAACUCCAUGCACAUACACAAAUUAUACGCGACAUAUGCUUACAUAGCCUGCGAAUACAGCCGUCUUUCCUCGCUCCACGAAACGUCCUAAGCGGCGAGAAGCGAGGACAGACGGCUGUAUUCGCAGGGAAAUGCAGACACCGAGUAGAAGGUUCUCUGUAGAGCAGCACUAGAUAUAAGAAAGCAUUGUAUCUCACCCCUUCCCAACUUUUAGCGAGAAGCAGUUUUAUUGUAAGAUGUCAUGUGAUCUCGAAGCAACCAAUUACAACGCACGCUGUAAGGGAAAAUACCCAGCUAUAUGAUGAUGUCGUUUUUUUUUCUUUUUCCCGCCCAGACGCAGUAUAAAAGUGACGGUGGUGUUGCUGCCUUUGCUUGGCCUCACAUGGGUGUUCGGGUUUAUGGCUGUCGAUGAGAACACGAUCUUCUUCCACUACAUUUUUGCAACUAUCAACUCUCUACAGGUAUUUAGUGUGAUAUGUAUCCAUGUGAAGUUUGGUUUGAAAGGGGAUAGCGCGGUGCGUUGGUUAAUGAAUGGGCGUUCUCCCCUGCAUGUUUUCCAGUGCUCUCUUGGUUAACAGAAGACUUGCAUGCGUUGAUUUUUGACCAAAAUAACAUUAAAUGGAAAGUGGAAAGGCAAUGACUUUAUUGUGGUUUAAUGAUGUCGUCGUAUCGCGCGUAAUGUUUUUUGAAACUGUUUCCGAGGUUGUCGCUUACUUGCAGUAGGGGUUUUAUCAUUCAUUGUUUAUUGAAUAGAUUAAGGAAAACUUAACCGACACGGGAAAAUAUCAAGCUCACAUCCUAAGGCGAGGACUAUUUUUUUUCAGUCUUUUAAAAAGUCAGUUAAAACCAAAGGGGUAUGGGGAGAAGAAAGAAAGAGAGUGGAGAAUAGUUAUGGGAAGAAAAGUUAAAUUCACUUGAUUCCACAGAAACAGCACACUCCGUAGGAGUACAAUCCUUAAGAAAAUUGACUUAAUCAUGACAGCUACGAGUUAGCUCGAGUUAAACGGCAUGCGUUUUAAAUAAAUAAAGAGAAGAUCGCAGUUAAAGACGCGAGUUAUGCAGUUAGGAACCGAAAGCCAGAAAAAAUUCAGGCUUGCCUGGACUUAAGCAUGUUCAAGCAUAGCCUGAGCCUAAUUUGCAUAAAAUCUUUUAAUAAUCAUAACUUUGUGAUAAUUUACCAGAUCCUUUCAAAAUCUGCAACCUCGGAAAAGUCGGUAAUUUUCCUGUGACGUAAGAAACCAGAUAAUUGUGUCACGUGACCAGUUAUGGCCAGGUCCAGGAAAGAAGAGGAAACUUAAAUGGGGUUGCGAGAUGCCACUCGGAAGAUAUUAAAUAUAGUAUUUUUUGUUAUUCUAUUAUUGUUCCUCGCAUGUAUCUGUCUGGAAUGCGGGUUGACUCGCAUUUUUAUUCGAUUAACAAUUAAGCAAAGUAGGUCACGUGACAUCUGUUAAUAUCUUUUUUAGAAAUUACAAAACCUCUCCUAUUCGGCCACGGAGAAACUUCGCCGUACGGUAAAGAAAACAUUUUCACAUGGUUCAGACUUAGUAGUAAUCAACCACUCCUACUCUUGAAUAUCAUUAUAACAUCACGUUUCACGUGACCACUUUGGAAAGUUUUCGUAAAGUUUUUAGCAACUUUUAGCCGGUCGGAAUUACAAUAUAUGGCCGUAGAAGAAAAACAGCUUUAUCUUCGCGGGGAGUCGAAACCUAAAAAUGAGCCAUGCUUUAACACCUUGACGAUUGGAACCCUGACCUGUGCGAUACCACUGCGGCCCUUUAAAAAUUGGUUGAAAUUCCGCCCUCGAAGAAAGAGAAUGGCCGGGAACUAAGGUAGCUAUGCUCUUACACGAGUAACUACGUUGAGUGUACUUAGCCUAGUUUGUUUCUGUCUUUAUUUUCAGGGGAUAUUUAUAUUUGUUGCACACUGCUGGACAAACGAUUCGGUAAGAACGCGUACAAUUAUGUUGCCAAUUUUCCGUUAUUUAAGUGGAAUUGUUGGUCAUGAAACCUGUUAGACUCCUUUGAAGUAUGUUUUUGUUGGUUGUUUUGGACCUGACCGUGCACAACGUUCAGUAGCAUUCCUAUCGUUUUGACCUUAUUGACAAAUAGAGACAUCACGUUAAUUUAUUCAGUCACAAUUUGUGAACAAAAAUCAAAGGAUUGUGUAUGGUCAUGGAACUUCCAACAUAAGCUACAGCACAGUUGUUUUCAACUUUGAUGUUUGCCGGCUUUCCUAACCAGUUUCCUCUACUAAGUCUGGUCGUCACUAAGAAUUUGCGCUUACUCCCUUUUCAUCGUUUGUAGUUUGUAUCCAUUGGUAUUUCAUUUUGCCUUCGUUAAUUUGAAUAGGCCGUUUUCGAGUUAGCCUCCCCCGCAGACUUCUUAGGGGUGCGUCACGCGUUCCUUCCCGACGAACCCGACGAACGACGUUCGUGGGGAAGGAACGCGUGACGCACCCCUAAGAAUGUCUGCGGGGGAGGCUAUUUUUGAGUUGCCCCAAGCCUCUGUUUUAAAGCGAGGCUAAGUGCGAAACCAUUGAUGGUUUUGUACUUAGCCAUGUUUUGAAACUGGGAGUUCAGUCUGGAACUCGGAAAUGGCCUUCUAUUAUAAAAUUUGGUUACUGUUUUCACUAGGUACGAGAAAUUCUCCUUGAAAAAAUGCCAAGCUUCAACAUCAAAGGUAAAUAUAACAUUGGUAAGAAACGGAAGCAGAGCAACGCUCGCAACAGCAGUACCUCUCUGGAGACAGCCACAACAAGCACUACAUCGGUGAGACUCGUGACCAUUAACAAGUCACCGACAGGUCCUCGGAGACUCUACGAACAGCCUCCGAUGAAACUCGUGAACGUAGAGCAGGAGAUGGCGAUUGGUCGAGAGGAGCCCUACGAUGAGAGAUCCGUCAGACUUGUGAAUCUAGCAAAGUUACCCUCGAAGUACGCGGACGUGUUUGAUAUUCCAGCCGCUAAGCUUUUCAGUGUCAAUAAACCACCACCGAUAAGGCGACAGGACAAUUUUACAUCCCUAUCUUCGGUGAACCUCGUCACGCCCGACGACCUUCCGAUUACACCUAAAGAGGCUUACGACAACCCCACUUACGCUUUCUGGUAUCAAAACAAUGCUCGGUAA